CCACCCGAAACGAACAACGGUGGAAACUCCGGCUAAAGACGCCAAGUUAAGAACUGCCGGUGAAAUAGUCUGACUUCCGGGUUUAUGUCCGGGUCGAGCUGCCCACAGAGCAUGCGCAGUCACAUGUGCGGGGUAAGUGUGACUCCCAUAAUGCCUCUCGGCUACGUGCACGAACAGCCAAAGGCAUGAUGGCAGUAACGCAGUGUACAUCAGUGUAUUUAGUGCUUUGUCGUAAUAUUAAUUUAUUUUUUAAAUAUUCAAGUAAAAACUCACAAUCGCCUUCAUUUAUUCACAUUUCUCAUCAAGUUUUCAUAUCGCACUUGACGUUCACGAGACGCCACAUGACCGCGCUUUGCUGUGCUCGUACACACCUGUGACGUCACUCUGGGAAGUAAGACUUUUCUGCGCUGUUUUUGGCUUUUUACAAAUGUGAAACUCCACGAAUUAAAAAUAUAGCAUAAGAUCUAUAGAAGCACGUGUCCAUGUCUCGAGGUGUCCUGUGGCUACUUUUACACGCGUCUCUUUUACUAUUGUGAUCGAUUUUGUAUCUCAGUAUACUGAGAUACUAUCUCAAUAUAAUGAAUAAUAUUCAUGAAUAAUGAAUAGAUAACGAGUAAACCCGCUCUAAACAAAUUAAAACUAACUAAUUAAAAAAAAAAGAAAAAGUCUAAACUAAAUAAAAACUAAAACGACUGUAACGUUUGUCCUACAAACCAGAAUUGUAAAAUAAAAAAGAACACAAAAUAAAAGAAAAUAUUUAUUUAUUUACCAUUGAAAGUGUUCAAACGGACGAACCCCCCUGUAACUUAAAUAACCACAUCUUCAGUUCCGGUAGGAACUACUCUGUGUUCCCCUCCUAAUACGCAACAGCCGCGUUUUAAUGUGUUAGAUUUUUGAAAAAUGUCAUAUUUAUUUCCACAUUGUCAUGAUGUAUGUUUAUUAAUGGCAGCUCAGUUUUUUGUGUGUGUGGUUUUUUAAAAAAAAAUAACAUCCCGGAACUUUAUCCGGCCGGCUGGCGGUCAUGUUUUGAUGUCGGACCACGGACUCAAACAUGUGAGCGAUGGCUUCAUCCGCUCAGGAGGUGAUUCUGCUCGGUGUGUGUGACGGAGAGCUCGAGCCAAAGAGACACCGGUCCUCACACCUCACUAACAAAGUGGGGGGUCACCCGGACUGGUCUCCGGUCAUCUCUCCGCCGUGGCCCCGCUGUGGUCACUGCGGAGCCCCGUUAGCUCACGUGGCUCAGAUCUACUGCCCCCUGGAGGCGUCGCCCUACCACAGGACCCUGCGUCUGUUCGCGUGCCCGGGUGCAGAGUGCUGCGGCAGGGCAGAGAGCUGGAGGGCGAUCCGCUCUCAGAGUCUGGAAGCUGAGCGGGAACCCAGCAGGUCUGUGCCCGCUCAGGAGGCUCCUCUGUCGGCCACAGACUGGUGUGACACCGCUGACGACUGGGGCGUGGAGGAGGAGGAGGAGGGGGACGACUGGGGAGGAGGAGGGGGAGUGAAGGAGGACACCCAGGUGAAGGAGGACGCAGAAGCAGGGGGCGCUGUUCUCAGCUGCAGACUCCAGGACCUCUCUUUGGGAGAGUCACAUGACGACGUUCCUGUUUUCCGCUCGUUCUUCGUCAGCGUGGUGGACGAGUCGGAUCUUGGCGGCGAGGACGACGUGGACCACGUCCAGCAGCUGUUGAGGGAGUACGAGAGCAGAGAGGGCGUGGCAGUGGGCGGGCUGGACUGUGGCGAGGGCGUCGGCGAUCGCGGGCAGGAGAAGUACGAGAAGUCAAGAGCCAGACACGGAGAUGCCAUCUUCUCCAGGUUCAUGAAGAGGAUCUCGAUCUGUCCUCAACAGAUCCUGCGUUACUGUCGCGGCGGGAGGCCGCUCUUCAUCUCCGAGCCGCCGGCGAACGCGGCUCCGGUGGCGACGCCGUGCGGCUCCUGCGGAGGAUCCAGAACGUUUGAGCUGCAGCUGAUGCCAGCGCUGGUCAGUCAGCUGCGGAGGAAGGACGCCGAGGCGGAGCUGGAGUUCGGGACGGUUCUGGUUUACACCUGCACCAACAGCUGCUGGACAGAAGGCUCCGGAUCAGCCGUGGAAGAGUUCUGCUACGUUCAGGGCGACCCGGACCAGAAGCUGUUUAAAUGAGAUGGAGUGGUCAGGUUGGUCAGAUGGAAGCUGGUCUGGUGGACCUUCUCUCUCUCCAUUACCAACGUCAACGUCCACCCGGGACACCUGUGCCUGUGAACUUUGGAUUUCAAAAACCAACAUGGCACAGGUCAAAUCCAGAGGCUUCACAACGUCCACUUUUCAUGACAGAUGUUCUGAUUUGACUUUUAUGUCCAAUACAAUAUGACAAUUGUGACAAUAUUCCACCUCCUGCUGUUUGUUUUUCUCUGCUGCUUCUUCUUCUUCUUCUGUUUCCACGGUUUCUCCCGCUGCUGCUUUUCUAAUUAUAAAAACACAGGAGAUUUUU